GUCUUGUUCUUUCUACCGUCUUCCCCCUCUGCUGCUUAAAAAUCAGCCCCAAACCCACAAAAGGAAUUAGCUUUCGAUCCUCUGAAAGAGAGAGCGAAAAACCUGUCGAAAACAAUCGCAAUUACUUCACAGAAAAUCCCCGAGAAGGCCAGAAAUGACCAUGCGCAAAGGAGAAGAGGAAAAAGAAGAGAAGGAGAGCCUUGUUAUGGCCACUACCAAAGUGGUUGAGUAUUUGGAGCCAUUGAUAUCAAAAGAGCUUCUCUGCAAGUUUCCCGACAACUUGGUCUUCGAUUUCGACUAUACCCAGAGCUCGAUAUGGUCCCCUUUGGUCACUAAGGCUUACAGCCCCAUGGACUUGGACUUUGAAUUGGGUUUCAUGACACCAAGAAAGCUUUCAUUCGGGAUGGAGUUGAGUAUGGAUUUGGGCAACAAAAACAAGCUCAAGAAAGUCACUUCCAACAUCAAGAAGAAGAUCAGCACCACUUCCUUCAACAUCAACCACAAUCUUCUGAAGAUUAAGCUCAAGAAGAAAAUAAAGGCGUCCGAGUUCUCUCCAACACCUAUGAAGAACACAUGUUACCCAGCCGCCAUAAAGGCAUGGACUAUGGUGCUGAAAGCUGCGUCGAAAGGUUUCAAGAAUAAAACGAAGAAAGAUCACACAGCCUAUCACCGGAAGCCCUCCAACUAUCUGAGAGAUCAUGGAACUACUUCAAGAGGAUCAUUAUAUUUGUAAUUUUAUUCUCAAUUAAUGAGAUUGAUUUUCAUUAAUUUAUAGUUGGUAUUCUUUCAGCAGGCAUCCUCUUCGUCCAAUUUUUUCUAUAUUGUUUUUUCUUUUAUUUUUUGGGUGUAAUAACAGGUUAUUGAUGCAGAUUCCAGACAUAUAUAUUUUUUAUCUACAGUAAGAAACAGAAAUCAUCCAGAUGCCAUUAGGAUGGAAAGACUAUAAUUCUGACAAACUGGCGUUGGAUAUAUGCUGAAUAUGUGUAGAAAAAAAAAAUCUCUUUAAAUUCUUAUCCGAGCUUGAUCAUGUACGUGUAUAUAUAUGUAUGUGCUUGGCUCAACUGGAAAAUUGGAGUGGAAAUUGGAAAAUGUAAGUGGCUUAAGAAGCAAGAACAUUGAUUAUGAUGAUUGAAAUUGGAGACUUCAAGGGCACCUUAUAGGAGCAGAAGCAGAAGGCAUUAAGAGGGAAAUGAGUUAGGUUACAUUUUCUAUCAUUUGGGAAUCAGAAGAACAUUCCACAAUGCUCAACUUCAAGCCCAUACGGCCAAGAGAGACAUACA